AAAGGACUCACCUCAUCUCACUGUAAACACUAAUCCUCUAGAGUAUUGGAAUUUCCAGAAAUUAGUAUUGAUCUCUGUUCAACGGUGUUGAGAGUGGAUCUACAUCAGGCCUGGUCUGACCCCAUUCUACUGCUCUGUAAAUUACUCCUCUCCUGCCUCAGCUCCUGGGCCAUGGUACAACAGGGUGUAGCAGCUAUGAGCAUAACUCCAUCCACCACCCUGGAUAGCCAGCUGACCACCACCUGGAGCCCAACCAACUCCUACCCCGAUGGUCCGAUGGUGAUGACUGGUUACACAAGUCGCCUGUGGUCUCAUGACGCCCAUCCUCAGUUCUGGAGUAAAUACCAGGUGUGGGAGUGGCUGCAGCAGGUCAUGGACAUUCACCAGAUCGAUGCCUCCAGCAUUCCUUUCCAAAACUUUGAUAUGGACGGCCAUCAGCUCUGUAGCCUGAACUACCAGGACUUCAUCCGUGCUGCCGGCAGCGUGGGACCCAUUCUCUUCCACAGCCUCGCAGAGCUCAAGUGGAGCGGACCGUACCAUAUGGAAAUAGGACAACUGGAACUCAAACCAGAAUUGGACUUCUCCUGUCCAUUUCCAGACGUCAGCUAUCCACCUGGAGAAAUCUACGAUGCCUCAAUUCACAGCCUCGCCCCUGCUCUCUCCCCCACCCCUUCCAGCCCUGAUAUCAAAAGGUCUUUCAGUCGUCAGGUCAAAAAACACAACCAGAGGGGCACCCACUUGUGGGAGUUCAUCAGGGACAUUCUGCUGAACCCGGAUCGGAACCCGGGGCUGAUCAAGUGGGAAGAUCGGUCAGAGGGGGUUUUCCGCUUCCUUAAAUCAGAGGCAGUGGCACAGUUAUGGGGCAAGAAGAAGAAUAACAGCAGCAUGACCUAUGAGAAACUAAGCCGGGCCAUGAGAUAUUACUACAAAAGAGAAAUCCUAGAGCGAGUAGACGGACGCAGACUGGUUUACAAGUUUGGAAGGAAUGCAAGAGGAUGGAGGGAGGCAGAAAAGUGACAAUUUCAUUAAUUUAUGUCUUUGAUGUCGUAUGCAAAUGUGAUGUUUUAUUUUACUUUUCAUGUGUGUGAACUGUUUACACUGUUUUGAUAAUUGUAUGUUUGCUUUAUUCUUUUGUUUUUCUGUCUUCCCUUUGUUGUGACACUGCACUGAUGUUCCUUACUGUGCCUUAUUAAAAUACUUGCUAAUUGUAACUGCAUGACAGCAGUCAACGCUCAAACAUGAGUGUUUACGUGAAAUCUCACUGAAGGAAAGGAUAUCAGAACCAUUGUGAAUCCUAUUUUUCUUACAUUUUCUUUACAUUUUUUAGACCCUGCAAGUCCCAAAGGAGCACAAGCUGAUGGCUUUGAAAACACACAUAGCAAAGAUAUGUAUGUUUUGACACUGAAACUGUGAAGUGUCCUUCGGAAAAACGAAAUAGCAACAAUAUGCCAUAAGCGUAAUGCAGCAAUGAAGUACAAAAAUGCAUAGUCAGUUGAUAUAUUUGUUUGUCUUAUUUGGUUCAUUUCAUACUUUGCAUUCAUUGAGCUGUA